GGAUGAAAAUGAAUAUAAGUGGAACUAUAAAGGAGGAAAGCUUGCAUUGUUUGUGCGAAGAAGGCCUGAGCGAAAGCAGUUGUCGCCGAUAUUAACUGUUCACUUUCAGAUUGAAGAGGUUAUUGACUAACGACAGCUUGGGUUUUUUUUGUUGUUGUUGUCUUAGCAGAUCCUGCAGGAUGUUGUUUUUUUCCCCCACUGUUACCAGAAGGCCUUUGGUAAAUUCGGUUAGCAUGAGGAUUUAGGCUAGCGUUACUGGAUCCAUUUUCAGAUGGGCGCCCCUUGCACUCGUGCUUUUGCCAUAUAUGAGGACACGCUUGCAUAUUUUGCAAGUGACCGUGCAGGUAUCAUUUUUAGCAAAAUCUUCCAUCACACUUGAGGCACUGUUAGUUGUAGUGUUAGACCACCUGUCGAUUAUAGCCAGGAGUCUAUGUUGUAAAUGCCAAAUACGUGAUUGACAACUUCAAGCUAAUUGUUACUGCGCAGUGAGAAAGUUGACGCAUUGCCAGUUUACUGCCAGUAUAAACAGUAAUAUUAGAAAAUAAACAUUAGUUAGCUCGUAAAAUCGUAAAGCCCUGACAAAUACAGAAUAUCCUUAUAUAAUUACUGUAAGAUUUGAUUGCUGGCCCUAUACUUAACAUCCAAGCGGAGCAAGGAGCACUCAGCUCCUACUUCCUUUUUUGGGUCUUCUCAUUAUUUAUUCACAUUUUCCACCAGCACUCUCUUAUUGCAUGGCUGUGAGAAUUCCUAAUACAAUCACGUAUGAUUGCGUUAAAAGAGUUGGAGAGAAAGGGAGAGCAGGGAGGAAGAGGAGGAGGAGGAGGGAGAGCAGGGAGGACGAGUAGGAGGAGCAGGAGGGGGAGGAAGAGGGUGAGGCGGUCUUUGGAGCGUUCACAUUGUCUGUCGGCAAUGGAACAAACCCACAGCGUCCACGCAGCAGGACACACCGAGGAAUGAUGCCACUCUCUCUUUGGGGGUUCCUGUGAAACUAAUUGUUGCUUUUGAUAUGAAAAUCUGCACCCCAGCUCCCCCCCUUUUGCCCAUCUGCAGGCUUCUAUCACAUCUCUGCAGCACCCUUCACUGCUGACCCCCCCCCCCCCUUUUUUUUUCCCUUUUCCCACCCUCACUCCUCGUUGCAUUGAGAGGUGCCAUCAUCGGAACCGGAGCGUGCAGGGUGCUUGCACGGGCUCAUUUGGGCAGAGCCACUCCGUCUGCCAUUCAUCUACAUGGAUUAAAUACCUAAAGGAACAUUCUUUUUUUUUGUAGUCGAAAUGAAGAAUUUUUAAAAGGAAGUCCAGGAGGCUGAAUGUGCAGCUGAAGGAUUCGGAACCGAGCUGGUCAGAUGCGGCGCUGUUCACCUGGAAUACUGAAAGGCAGAAGCUCUCCAGUGACACCCAACUUAUCAACACUGUUGCAUGUGUGCAUGCACUUGUCCAGUGUGUAGAUUGACCGUAUCGACCCUGCAACAAAGUUCUUCUAUACUGCACGCAGAUACAACCCAAAUCUCAAUGAUGUUCCGGACCGAGUUCCUCAUCAGCAUGAAAUUUGGUUGAAGCAUCUGUUGGACCCUCAGAAUCUACCGUCCCCCCCUUUUUUUCCCCCCCCAAACAUCAUAAUUCUGCAACAGCUUUCUCUCUCAGCCAAACUAGACUCUUGGGUGUUUUUUGACUCGGUUCGGGGUGAUGGCUGCCAUCGCCAGCUCUCUGAUCCGCCAGAAGCGCCAGGCGAGGGAGUCGAACAGCGACCGGGUGUCCACUUCCAAGCGUCGACCCAGCCCCAGCAAGGACCCCCGUUCUCUGUGCGAGCGGCAUUUUCUGGGGGUCUUCAGCAAAGUGCGUUUCUGCAGCGGCAAGAAAAGACCCGUGCGCCGGCGACCAGAGCCACAGCUGAAAGGCAUCGUGACACGACUGUUCAGCCAGCAGGGCUUCUACCUGCAGAUGAAGCCGGACGGAACCAUUGAUGGCAGCAAGGACGAGAACAGCGACAACACCCUGUUUAAUCUUAUUCCUGUGGGUCUGAGAGUGGUGGCCAUCCAGGGAGUGAAGAGCGGCUUCUACAUCGGCAUGAACGGCGAGGGCAUGCUCUACAGUUCUGAAAUGUUCACGCCGGAGUGCAAGUUCAAGGAGUCGGUUUUUGAGAACUACUACGUCAUCUACUCGUCCACCGUUUACCGACAGCAGGAGUCGGGCCGGGCCUGGUUCCUCGGCCUCACCAAGGAGGGACAAGUCAUGAAAGGCAACCGGGUCAAGAAGACCAAGCCCUCGUCUCACUUUGUACCAAGACCCAUUGAAGUUUGUAUGUACCGCGAGCCGUCGCUGCACGAGAUCGAGGACAAGCAUCGCUCCCGGAAGAGUUCAGGGACCCCCACCAUGAACGGAGGCAAAGCGGUCCACCAAGACUCCUCAUAGCAAAGAAAAGGAGGGCCUUCCGCCGAGGGGCGUGGCACGAACAAUCCCCCACCCCCAAUGUAAAGAAAAGGGAGGGGCCUUAGGAAAGUUCCCGCCUCCCUGCGAAAAACAACGUACGCGCCAUCGCUUCCUCGCUGAAAUAAUCAUGGCGACCGAGGAGGAACAAACUCUGAACUCUUGCCUGUGAAAACUUUUAGAAGAAUUAAUAUGAAACAGAGGAAAACUAUAUAUCUAUAUCUAUAUCAACCUUUUCAAUCAGGACUCGACCGAUAUUUUAUGCAAAAAAAGAGAAAAAGCUGUGACACACAAUAGAUCAGAGGUCUCUCCUCACACAAAUAUCUCUCAUUAACAUUUUAUGCUGUGAAAAAAAAACAAGCUUUAAUAUGUGUUGACUUGUCAUACAUGCAUAUUUUUCCGCCCCGUAACGCUCUUUUGUGUUCGGUUUGCCGAUGAUAACUAGUCCUUCGGCGUACCGACGUGCUGUGAAGCUGACUAUAACAUUUCAUUUUUUUCUUUUGCGGACCGUAUGACAUUUAAAGUUUCUUCAUGGAUUAAUCUUGAAUCACACGAGUUGCUCUGGCUGAAUGUAUUUGCUGAUCUAGAAACAAGAGUGCUUGAGAUGGUAUGUCAGUAACUCACGCGUGUACUGUAAGGGGGACUACAGCACUGUCCGGCACGGGAAGCAAUAUAACGUUUUCUGAGAAUAAUAAACGGAAUGGUGGAAACGGUGAGCGAGAUCCUUCCACGUCCAAAUGAGUCGCACAAAACCUCGCCUGGCUGCUCUGCGGUGUAAAUCCUGUGUAUUCCCCGUCCUCCAGUUAAUGUGUCUAAUGUUUGUCUCUUUAGUCCGUCCACUGGAGCGCUGGUUCCCAACCGUUAUGGAGCCGAGGCACACAUUUUACCGCAGAAAAAAAAUCUCACGGUAAGCCACCGAACUAAAAGCAGAAGUAGUGAAUCCCCCUUCAGAGCCACCUAUAAUAGCAUGACAGGAUAUAAUUAAGAAAAGCUCUACCCCGCCUACAUACUUUAAACACACUUUUGAAAGUAACCUUUAGUACCUACUCUCAAUUUCCCCCAAAACUCUCCAAAUAGAGCAUAGAGAGAAAGAGUCCAUACUUCAAGCUGUUCUUUUGUCACUCCUGGUUGAAGUUCAGUUUCAGGCUGACAUCGGAAAUAAAAGAGAACUAAACAUUGUACAUUUAAACGCCAAAGUGUUCAACACAUCUGUAUAAUUUAGUUGGAAAGGAGUUCGUUAGCUGAAGGCUGACGUAUGGCUGGGUUGCACGUGACGUUCAUCCGGGUACUUGACGGCGAUUGUUGCAGACAAGCACUCAGCUGUCCGUCGUCAUCAUGCCAGAUUUUUGUUGCGUCUGCGGAUGUGGAAAUCGCGGAAACAGAGACAUUGGGAAGCGAUUUUUCCGUGUUCCAAACAUUAGAUUGCAUGAAGGAGAAGAUACAAUGGAGAUGUCAAAAAAAAAACGGCAACAAAAGUGUCUUUCAAAUAUACGACGUGCAGAUGUGAACGAAGCUCGAGUACACAACGCAAAUGGUUAUUUGAAAGUCUGUGUAAGUGGUAAGAAUGUGUAUUUGUAGUGUCCGUAUAUUGUACUUCAGGGAAGCCUUUCAGAUCCUUUGAAAGUACGUCGUUGUGGAGAGUAUACGAAUCGAUGUCUUCACAGAGUUUGAUCUUCUGUACAAAUCUAGCUUUGGGGACAUCAUUGAGUGAAUUAAAGUAGGCAGAAAACAUCCACCGCUCGCCGCUUACAUAUGGGUCUGUGGACGUUGACAUGGUGAUUUCUCUGCAAUGCCUAGCUUGUCUGUAGAAAUGGCGGCGAUUAUUGCAACCCAAGGAUAAUGUGAAAAACAUAGACAGGUUCAGGGAAAUUAGCAAAUAUGUCACAGUAGUUUUAAACAACGGAACUACUGCAACUUGAGCACAAACGGAGAGGCAAAACAUGCAAACAGAAUACACAACAAUAGUGAACAGUAUGUCCUCUGUUGAAACGUCGCAGUUCGGGAUUCGUGUAUUUGCGUUGAUGUGAGUUUUGGGGCGGAAUUUAACCUCGCGUUAUUUGCGGGUAUGCAUGUAACGUUGCAGGUGUGCAACUCUAAAUUUGGACUUUGGACUGGAGCAUCUUUCUGGCAUCGCAGAAACACGGGUUUAUCGUAGCCUAUGCCAUCUAGUGGAAGAUCAUUGAAUUAUUCUACCGGUCAAGUGAAUAAAUGAGAAUCUUUGGAUGGAUUAAGCGAAGAAACUAUAUUUUCACAAGAAUUGGAAAUCGCAGUUUUGUAGUCAAACGUUUACCGUGGUGGCGGGGGUACGAGGCCAAGCAUCGGCACUGCAUGAUUGCUCAAGGUGGGAGUUAUGAAAUGGAAAAAAAAAAAGUUCUGUUGAAAAAUGAAUAAAGUGUAUUUUUACAAGCAUUAAAUUGCAAUAUCACACCUGCAUGGAGGAUCAAAUCAACUUAAAUUUGACUUUUACGUUUCUGUGUAAUUCUGCAAUCACAUCAUUUAUUCUCGUGACCUUUCUGUCUUUUACAUCUUGUAGAAUUACAGUGCAACUUUUGUUUUUAAUAAGACUGCAACUUUCUUGGAUAAAUGUCACUUUAUUUUCAUAACUUUGUAAUUCUUUUUGUUUGGAUUUUCACUAUCAUUUGCAAAUUCAGUCACCAUGCCAACGCUUUUAUUUGCGCAAACAACACGACUUUGAGCUUGUAAUAUGACUGACAUUAUUUGGGAAUUUUUCGAAAAUACCACCAUGUUAUUUUCUUGUAAAAAUAAGUAUUUGUGGGUGGGCUGGCUGACUCCAAAAUUUCAGUAAUCCAGCCGAGAUGUGAUCAGGACCAGGCCUACUGCUAAAUGCAAGAAAAAAAAAUACCAAAGUAACUAUUAGACAAUGUGUACGUUUUGCUUAAAUUGAGGAAUUUCUCGAAAUACAAACUCUAAUGGAAUGUACUGCGUUGAAGUAAUUGUGUUUGUUUUUUUUGUUUUUUGUUUUUUACCCUUGCACGUUGGCCGUAUUUGUGGCAGUUAUUUUCUUGCAGGGGUUUGACGAUUUUCUGUUUGAGUAGCAGUUAUAUUUUUCAGUCUGAUCACAAUAUAGUGUUCACUUUUUUGUACGAUUCCCUACUAAAUUCUCGCGAGAAGAAUCCGACACCUAAUUGCGCAAACAGUAUGUAAGUACACAGUCGGUCAUUCAGGAUGUGUGGGAGGGUUUAUACCGCUAUGUGGUCAAUUAAAUGCACGUCUAUGGUACCUUGCGGCAUAAUAGCAACACGGGAAUGAUGUCAGACAGAACAGUGGCAAGACCAGCAUAUAGAUAUAUAUAUGAAUAUACGUUUAUCUUUUAUACAGAGGUUUAUAUUGGUGCAAAUGUAAACUCAAAGUGAUGCAUGACAUUGGAUGUAUUAAUUGUUGAUGGCAGAUUGAGAAUAUUCGUAAGGGGACAAAAAAUAUAACAAUUUGUUGACGACCGAAAAGGUUUUCAUUGUACGUGAUUUUAAUGAGUUCUUUUUGUCUGUAGACGGUUUCACUGCAUCGGAACACACUCCCGUAUAUGCACUAUGGAUUGUGGGGGGGGAAAAAAUAAUAAAUGAUGCAUUGAUGAUGAUGAAAAAAAAACCCAACAACAAUCUGAAUGAAGUUAGUGAUUGUUUGAUAAUAAAGAUGAUGUUACCAAA